AUGCGAUUCUUUCAUCUGCUCUACCUUCUUCUGUUGCUGAUCACCUUCCUGCUGCUUGCAGACGCCCAGAAAUAUGGUACGGAUCCAGAUUUCCUGAAUCUAAGGAAAAAGUAUCGAAGAAACUGCUUGUACAAACGGUGUAUUCCUCUUCACAUUAAAGUCCCCAUUCCUUGA